CUGAUUCCCCUUCCGGAAAAAUGCCGGCUACUGAGGGCUGAAUGGUCGCUGUUUAUGGAGAAUACGGAAUAACUACACUAGUAGUUGCUAAUAUCACGGCGCCGGGUUUCUUCUACGGUUUCUCCUAAAGCCGGCUUAGCCCGCAGCGGAAACUCUCAUGACUGAUGACUUUGCUGCUAUAAAAUAUACAGUUCCUUCACGGGCCAAGAUCUUACAAUGCCAAGCCAGUAAAGAAAUGAAUGACUCGCCCCUUGCUGCACUGCCGCUCGUUAUUCUGAUACAGGCAUCGCUUGUGUAGCUUCACCCUGACGUGUAUUUGUCAACAGCCAUGUCUGGGCCCAUGUCCUUAGAUGUAAACAGAGCUCGGCCGACUCCAGUCACCUGUACAAGCUCUUGGCUGUGUCGUGAAGAACUGGCCACUGUUUUGCUCGUGUCAUCGCCAGGCGACAUUCCCUUUGGGGAAGAUGGGGAUCCCUCAAUGGAGGAGUGUGUGAUUUUAGAAGCACCGUCAUCAGAAACAAGCAGUCCAUGUGAGUUGGUUUUGUGCUGCUCUGCUCAAGGGACAGAACGAAUCCUGAGUCUUAACAUCUGCAGCCAAGCUCGCACUAUAGAGGUUUACAGGGUAUCGCAGGAAGGACAAGAGGAGGAAUAUUUGGGGACUGACAGAGCAAGUAAAACGUACACGGUUGCAAGUUCUGGAGAGGAUGGUUCUAUAACCCUGUAUGAGACUCAUCUCACGUUGGAUUUCCCUGUAGCAUCUUGCAAAGUCAAGCUCCUCUCCCUGUCUGGAAAACAACGUGUGGUCCUCUGUAGGAUUUCAGUACAGAUUUCUUCAGUCUCUGAAAGAUGCUCUCCGGCAGCUUCUUUUUUGGGUCCUGCUAUUGACCUGGACCGAGUACAGAGUAUAAUGGACAGCAUGGGUGGGAAGCUUUCCCCUGGUGCAGAGCAACUGAUGGGUAUGGUGCGUGCUCAGCAGAAGCAUCAGAGCCCAUUUGGUGGACACUUUCUGCAGAUGUUUAGCGCCUUUGACCGUGGUGUGGGUAGGAAUACAAAGGGUGCUGAGCCUAAACUUCCCAACUUCGAAUCCAGCAAAUUGCCCAGUGCUAGUACUGAAAUUGUACACACUCAAACCCCAAAUCUUCCAGUAUCUCAAGAACACAGACUUGAUGUGGGACAACCUUCCUCGGAGGUUAAGUCAGCAAUGGCCUCACUUCUGCAGAAUCCAUUGGGUUGUAUAGGUGGGACAAGCUAUGAGUCUUUGAUGCCUCUCUUGCAAAGUUUUUGUUUAGACAAUGUCCCUCAUGCAUGUGAGCAACUUCAAGACAAAGAGGAGCCUUGUGUGCCAGCAAGGGAUGAGAAGAGCCAGAGCAACAUAGAGAAAAUGGUUUGUGUGCGCAUGGAGCAAAUGGAGAGAACUCUCUUGGACCAUAUUGAUAACAAGAUGGAAAGCCUGCAGCAGCAUUUGGAUGCUAGACUUGAUCUUUUAAUGAAUGUCUUAAAGAGUAAAUGCACCGUUUCCCUGUCAUACCCUGGAAGCGUUGGAAAUAUACUUCCUAAUGGGCAGCCAGAAUCCAAUGGGAAAGAUAACUGUAGCUGCAACGGUAUUUGUGAUCAUCACACAUCUGACAUUUCCGGUGUUUCAUAGGAAUAAAACUGGCCUUUCCCUACACUUUCCUAGUGUAAUUAAAUGGUCAUUCUGAAAGGACCAAAAUUAAAGGAAAAUGUACUGGUUCCCAAGGCACAUGUCACAAAUAUUCCAAAAAAUUGCUGUAACAUUAUUCAAAAUCCAUAAUUUAUUCAAAGAUGUAUAUUAAAAACCAUUUCCGCA